UGCAAAAACCUUGAGAAACAAGUAUCUCUCUGUGAGGACUGGCCACCCCUGACAUUGGCUACUGUCUCCUUAACUACUGAUCCGAUUUCUAGAGACCAACCUGUUACUGCAGGAGUGAUCUUCCCCUGAUGGAUUAUUUAACAGGUGCUGAGUCCCAAAUCGCAAUCUGCGGCCACAGAUACAUGAGCCAAGACAGCCGUGCGCAAUAUUCUCCGUAGCUAAUUCAAUGGGCUACAACUUCGAUAACGUUCUCAAAGCGGAGUAAUAUCUAAGAAAGAAGGCGAUAUUAAGACCAGGUUAUAUCCCUGCAGCGGGUGUUUGAGCUAUGGUUUGGAGGCAGCGGAGGACAAGGUAGCCAUCAGUUGAACAUUAUCGUCGUGCGCAAUUACAAAUCACCGAUACGCAAUAAUGUUUAACUUCAUUUAAUCAAUUACACGAACACGACUGGUACUUGGUCAAGUCUGUGGAUAUAAAGCAAAACAAUAUGUUUUUAACUAGAAAAAUGACCAAAUACAUGCGCAUUGAAAGACAUGUCCAAAUAAAUAGGCUUGUCGUUCUCAAAGGGUAGGCUUACUUAAAGAUGCAUUUAGAUAUGUCAAUUCAGCAGGAUAUGCUUCUAAAGACUGGACAUGCAUUUAUGUUCCUGUACUGAACACAUGAUUUAUCUGCGAAGAAAAUAGUUCUUGAGUUAAAUAGAGAUUAACCUCAUUUAGAGGGUGCGUUUAUAAACACGGAGGAGUUGUCGAGCCGCAGUUAUGGUGGUGGAAAGGACACUGAUUGCCGCAAGGCAGGGGGAUGUCCAAACUCUGAAAGUGCAAUUAGCGGAGAAAGUACUGAACAGCGGAGUAAAGGACCUUUUGGGAGCCUCGCCUGUCCACCAUGCAGCCCGUACUGGAAAACUGACUUGCCUGCGUUUCCUCGUGGAAGAAGUGGGUUUACCGGGCAACGGUUUGGCGAAUAAUGGCGCCAGCCCCGCACACGACGCAGCUGCCACUGGUAACCUGGCCUGUUUACAGUGGCUAUUGACUCAAGGGGGAUGUCAUACCGCGGACCGGGAUAGUUCCGGAGCCACCGUUCUCCACCUCGCCUCCCGGUUCAGCCAUCACGAGAUCACUGAUUGGUUGCUGAAGAGCGGGGAGGCUGAUGCCGGGGUGUCCACAGAGACUGGGGCCCUGGCUGUCCACUAUGCUGCUGCCAAGGGAGACCUGCCCUCCCUCCGACUCCUGUUGAGACACAUCCCAAACGUUGUCGAUUCCCAAACAAAGAAUGGUGCCACACCCCUCUACCUGGCCUGCCAGGAGGGCCACCUGGAGGUUGUCCAAUACCUGGUGAAGGACUGCGGGGCGGAGCCAAGCAUCAGAGCCAAUGACGGGAUGACACCUCUGCAUGCUGCCGCCCAAAUGGGCCAUAACACUGUCAUUGUCUGGCUGAUGAGCUUCACAGAGAUCAGCCUGUCAGACCGGGACGGUGACGGUGCCACGGCCAUGCACUUCGCCGCCAGCCGCGGCCAUGCCAAGGUGCUCAGCUGGCUGCUACUGCACGGUGGCGAGAUCAUCACCGAUAGCUGGGGCGGAACGCCGCUACACGAUGCCGCCGAGAACGGGGAGCUGGAGUGCUGUCAGAUCCUGGUGGUGAAUGGGGUGGAUCUGGGCAUACGGGACCAGGACGGCUUCUCGUCGGCCGACUUGGCAGAGUACAACGGGCACGUCCAGUGUGCCAAGUACCUGUGCACUGUUGAGAACAUGAGUGUGGCGCACCGCGUGCUUUCCAGGGACCCAUCGGCCGACCUGGAGUACAGCAAGCAGCCCGACAUGGGCCUGUCAUCCCCCAACAACACAAUGUCCCCAGCGGGGUCGCGGCAGACCCAGCAACCGGCCCACUUCGACAUGGGCUCGCCCUCCAGCACCCUGUCCAACUACGACUCAGCCAACUCCAGCCAGUGUAGCAUGGGAGAAAAGCAGAGCGGCUCACCCCCUUCAUCACGAGCCCCCACCGGCGGAGGCCCAGCGGAGUCGGCCAUAAAUGACAUGCAUACUUACACGGAUAUGCUCAACCCUGACGUGGAGCCCAGAGCUCCCAAGUGCAAGGAGCCCGCCGCCACCGCUCAGCCGUCUCCCCCACCCCUGCUGGCCUUGCCAACGCCCCCUCCCCUGACUCCCCCUCCCAACGCUCCUGCCUCCCCCGAAUACCCUCUGCCACAGCCCCCCGCGGACUCAGACGAUAUCUAUCUGAAGGCGAAGAGCAACCUGAGGCACGUGGAGGACGUGCAACUGACUCCAGAAGAGAACCAGGAUAGGCUGCACCGGGUGGACUCCAACAGAAAGUCUCGAAACUUCAACAAGCAGCCCAGCACGGGGGACUACUACAAAGCCCUGGGUAGCGACACGGUCGACUACCGUGGGGUCCGAACCAUGGUGCCUAACAAGGAGGGUUCUCUGUUAUUGGAGGAGUCAGCCGACAGCCCCGCCCCCAGCCCACAGAACAGCACCACCGAAGCGUUGCCCUUCCCUCCUCCCCUGCCCCCACUCCCCAUCAGCAAUCCCACCCCGGCACCCCCUCCUCCCCCGCCAUUGCCCUCAGAAAUGCCCACCUUCCAGUACAGCCCUUCCUCAAGCACCAAACAGCGACGCCCCUCUUCAGGAAAUUUGACACUCAUCUGUCUUCAAUUACGGUCGUCUACUAACAAGCUCCCUUUUUCCUCCUUCAAUUGUGUCAAUGGUCCUAUCCCUCUCUCCUCUCCUGCCCUCCGGAACAACUGCUGUCUGUCCCCUUCUCUCUCCUCCUCUUCUCUCUCUCUCCACUGCUGCCUAUCUCAAGGUGUGGAGUUUCUGUCCCCCUCUCCUCAGCCUGAAGGCGGCCCACUUAGGGUGAUAAAGAGCAACAAAUCCUUCAACAUGAUGUCCCACACCGGAGACAACACGGAGUUGCUGGCUGAAAUAAAAGCGGGGAAGAACCUGAAGCCCACCCUACACAGUAAAGGCUACACAACAGUCUUCUCCAACAGCGGCCUGCCAGGCAAUAAUGGAGAGAGCCCCAUGUCACCGCCCCAGACCCACACGGUCAGCCCGUCCUCAGCCAAGCCCACGUCUCCGCCCUCCAGCGCCACCUCCCCACCCGCCGCCCCCAGCCCUGUGGGCACCAGCACGCCCCGGACCCUCUCCACCUCCAAGAGCAGCGAGCAGCACCUCAAUAGGAACGUCAGCGGGGCAGCAAGCCUGACGGGACAGACCCGGAAGGGUAGCCUGGCGGACGUGGAGGCCCUAGUGCCCACACACGACGAGCAGGGCCGAGCCAUCCCUGAAUGGAAAAGGCAGGUGAUGGUGCGCAAGCUCCAGGUGAAGAUGCAGGAGGAGGAUGAACACAAGCGCAAGGUGGAUGAGGAGGUGGCACGCCUGGCGUCCAUGCCAGGAUGGCGAAGGGACAUCAUCAAGAAAAAGCUUGAUGAAGAGAAGGGGCAAAAAAGAAAAGAAGAGGAGCUUGCAAACAAGGCAAAGGAGAGCGGGGAGAAGAAAGAGCAGGAGCGACUACGGACCAUGGGUUACAACGAGAGCAAGUUGGCGCCAUGGCAACGGCAGAUCAUCCUGAAGAAAGGAGACAUAGCGAAACAGUAGAUAGCGCAUCCCCAUCCAACCCUCUUCCCCUUCAAUGUCAACCAACCAACCCCCAACCACUACCAAAAUCCCCUCCCAUACCCAAACCUCAUCGCACCCCACCCCAACCAGGUUUCCACUAGAUAACACAGCCACAAAGUCAGAUUACAGAGCCACAAAGGCAAAAUUAGCUACAAAAAUGUACAUUUUGGCAUUCAUUUAAGGUUAUUCGGGUUAGGUUGAAAAUAAACGUGAAAUUAUAGAAAUAGGCAGAGUUUAGCCGUAAUUAUGACUUUGUGGCUGUGUUAACUAGUGACGACCCACCAAACAGGACCAUGCCACCUCCCAACAUGCUUUGCAGCUCUGCCAUCCUGAAAUGGUGUGGCCGCACCAAGGUCCCGUGGACAAAAACUGUACGUGUCGCAACGUUAGCGGUGUCUGAUUCAAAGGACAACAUGAGCACAUUGAAUAGAUGCUCCUACCCCUUUUUUCCUGUCAAAACAUUUGACUAAAUUACUGUACGUAUCGCAACUGUAUGAGACCCUUAGACUUGAAUCAUAUACACUAGCUUUACUUUACAUUAUUUAACAUGACUUUGUAGGAAUUUCCCACACAAUUCCACACACUUGAACAACCUUUGUCAAUGUUGGUCUGUCUUGUUGGCCAUUGUGGGAAAAGUUGUCAUUGCUAUAGGUUGAGCAGUUUGUCAUAAAUAGAAAAACUGUCCACGAUCUGUUUUCUCUGCAUUUGAUUCACCCACACUUACAUUGAUAAUUGAGCUCUAAAACUAGACUGUUGUAUUCUACUGUAGGUUUGCUUUUAGGAUGGAAAAUGUCAUGGUUAACAUAAUAAGCAAUGGCAUUUUGAUACUGUAUAUAUCAUCUCCAUGUAUUGCACAAAGACCUAUAUUCUACUUAACGAUGCUAUUUUUCAUUGACCCCAUCUGAACUUCCAGAGAUAUUGUUGAAACAGGAAAUAGAUAAAGUCCCUCCUGUAUCUGUUAUUUUGUACAUUAAUAUCAUAUGGGUAACUGCAACCAUAAGUCAUUUAAAAUGGGUUUAUUAAUAUUGUUAGUUGUGGAUAACGUAAUUUAAGUAAAAAAAUAACACUGAACAAAAAUAUAAAAGCAACAUGUAAUGAUUUCAAUGAUGUUACUGAGUUACAGUUCAUAUCAGGAAAUCAGUCAAUUGAAAUGAAUUCAUUAGGCCCUAAUCUUUGGAUUUCACAUACAGACUGGUCACAGAUACCUUUUUUAAAAAGUAGUGAAUCAGAAAAGCUGUCCGUAUCUGGUGUGACCACCAUUUGCAUUGUGACACAUCUCCUUUACGCUGUUGAUUGUGGCCUGUGGAAUGUCCCACUCCUCUUCAAUGGCUGUGCGAAGUUACUGGAUAUUGGCGGAAACAAACCGCUGUACACGCCAAUCCAGAGCAUCCCCAAACAUGCUCAUUGAGGUGACAUGUCUGAGUAUGUAGGCCAUGGAACUGGGACAUUUUCAACUUCCAGGAAUUGUGUAUAGAUCCUUGUGAC